UCCCCCCCUCUAAAAAUCCUAGACUGAACGCAAUCAGGGGCACGCCUGGGAGAGGCGGCCAGAUCACAAACUUGGUGUGCUCCCUCUUAAGCCUGCAAAGUCUAUCACUUCUGACGGAGACUUUCUUGGGGAACCCCACCCCGCAAAGCUACGCAUCCCCUGCUGAACUAGCCCCUAUGCUCACCCCCACAGGCUGGGACAGCCCCGUGCUCAGCAUCUUCCUGAGCCAAUGAAGUGGUCACUCAGAGACCACGUGCGGCGGUGCCCAGGUUGGCGAGCCGAAGGCCGGGGGGUGCCGGGGUGGGACGCGACCCAGCGACGGUAGUGCGGGGCCGCGCUCCCCGCCUUGCGGGGCUCGUGGACGCGCAGCCGGGGAGUUCUCCCUCUCCCCCAGGCGCCCGACCCCGGGGGGGCAGCGGCGCCCCCUGCCGGCCCGUCGCCGGCGGAAGUGCGAGACCGGAAGUUGCGUGCUGCGCCGGCGCCCACACGGUGCGUCGGGAGAGGCCUUGCGGGUCCUGAGGGUGCUGCUAUGGCUUCCAGCGGGGUUGGCGUGAGCGCUGCCGGCGCGCCAAAUGAAGCACCCGAAAUUCCCGACAACGUGGGAGAUUGGCUCCGGGGCGUUUACCGCUUCGCCACCGACAGGAACGAUUUCCGGAGGAACUUGAUCCUCAAUUUGGGACUUUUUGCCGCGGGCGUUUGGCUGGCCAGGAAUUUGAGUGACAUUGACCUAAUGGCACCUCAGCCAGGGGUGUAGCCAAAUAGACACAUGGGACCCCCUGUGCUCUCCUUGAACCUUCCAAAAACAGAGCCUCCAAUCUGUGACCGGCACAAGACUUGCCCUGAUGGAAGUUGAAGUUUCAUUCAGACGGGCACCUUCCCUUCCCAAUUUCCUUUUCUCCACUGAGCCCGCUCAGAAUUCCGUUCUCUGGUCAGCAGUCACGUUGCAACCAAAGUGUCGUCCUCUGUUCUGUAAAGUUCUGUACAUAGUUCCUAAGUUUCUGCAGGGGGUGAUCUUUGCUCUUGUCCUGAGGAAUACCUAAUGGUAUUUUAACAAAUAUUUGGAAUAAAGACUGUACACAAAAAAUCAUUUUAUUCUUUUAAUAAGAAACUUCAGCUUACAAAAAC